AUGCAACGAAAAAAAGCCUCGAUGCUGGCACGGUUUGCGCUGGCGACGGUCGUCGUCGUCGGCCUCGUCGUGUUGCGGAAGCGCAAGCUCAAGCGGCUCCAGGCGCGGAUCAUCUACCACCGGGACAAGGACCUCGGGCGGCUCUUCGGCAUGGACGUCGGCGGCACGCUCGGAAAGCUCGUGUACCUCGAGCGCGACGCCGCCGACCUCGGCGACGUGCACGCGUACAUGAUGGCGUCGACGACGUACGGCAAGUCGGCCAACCGCGAAGACGGCAUGGCGCUGCAGCUCUCCACGGGCCGCAUCCACUUCCUGCGCUUUGAGACGAGCAAGCUCGAGAAGGUCGUCGAGUUUGUACGCCACCGCUGCUUCCACCGACACAUCCGCACGAUGCCCUGCACGGGCGGCGGCGCCUUCAAGUUUAGCAAGCUCUUUGAAGACAACGUGGGCAUUACGCUGGAAAAGUGCGACGAGCUCGCGUGCCUCAUCCAAGGCCUCGGCUUUGUCAUGCGGCAUGUGCUGGACGAAUGCUAUACCUUCAAGAACGUCGCCAUGAACCACCAAGGCAUGGGCCAAGCCACCAAGACGAUCGUGCAUACGCCGGCCAGCGAGCUGUACCCGUUUUUGCUGGUUAAUAUUGGGUCCGGCGUGAGCAUCCUCAAGGUGACGAGCGAGACCGAGUACACUCGCGUGUCGGGAACGAGCCUCGGCGGUGGCACGUACCUCGGUCUCUGCAAGCUCCUCUCCAAGUACAAGAGCUUUGACGAAGCCAUGGACGCGAGCAUCGUCGGCGACUCCAACACGGUCGACAUGACGGUCGGCGACAUUUAUGGCGGCAACUACACGCAGUUUAACCUCUCGGCCGACACGCUCGCCAGCAGCUUUGGCAAAAUGGGCACCAAGUACGAGCCCAAGAGCGGCGUCCGCGACGAAGACGUGGCGCGAUCGCUCUUGAUCAUGAUCACCACCAACAUUGGCCAAGUCGCGUACCUCAGUGCCCAGCGCUCGGACACGCAGCGGAUUUACUUUUGCGGGAACUUUCUUCGUCAAAACGAGAUUGCGUCGCGCCAGCUGGCGUAUGCGAUCGACUACUGGUCCAAGUCGCAAAUGCAAGCGCAGUUCUUCCACCACGAAGGCUUCUUUGGCGCCCUCGGUGCGCUCUUGAAGCACAACCAAGACCUCCUCGCGCUCUAACUCGACUACCUCUCGAGCUCUCGACCUCGAUCGCCUCGAUCCUCCUCCUGUACAAGUCCCGAUAACCGCAUGUAGUACAAUGUCUUGGC